AUGAUGAUUACAAUACACGGGUUGCCUAAAUACGUAAAGUAUCAGGACUUAAAGCAGAUUAUCAGGCAAGAGUGUAAGAUCAGCGAUUUUAUUUUAGAUAACCUGCUUAUUGAUACAAACGAUUUAAAAAAAGUUCGCGUUGGAUUGGCUGACGAUAAUGAAGGAGCCCAUGUAAUUAAAUGUUUAAAUGGUUAUCGCCUAUCAGGACAUAUUCUCCAAGUUGCGCCUGUUGGAAAAUCGGGAGGCUUUCAGAAUCCAGUUCAAAAUAAUUAUGUGGAUCAAAGUACGUCCGUUUCUUGGAACAAUCAAACACAGUGGACAAAUCCAGUAGCACCACAGCAAAAUUCAUAUCCAUUUCAACAGCCCCAGCAAAUUGGAAACUAUUUGUCUACAGUCCCCAAUCAGCAAUUGAGGACCCAAGUUAAUGAAAGACCAUCAAUUCUCAGCCGCAUUGGACCUCCAUCACAAGGGUUUUCGAUUGCUCAAAAAAAUUCACCCAAUCCAAGUAGUCAGACAAGGCCAAGUUAUUUUAGAACGGUUGAAUUAAUAGAUACUUCAACUUUGCAACAGGGCAGACAUGCCGAAAGUAAUUAUGACCUAUCUCAAGAUAAAUCUCAGAAUCCAGUUUUGAAAGAAGCAUUAAACAUUCGUGGAACCAGUAUUGGUACUCAGAAUCCUGGACAUUACCAAACAUCAAACCCAUGGAAUCAACAGUUUAAGAGGGAGCAAAUUAAUGAAAAAGUUCAUCCUUUUAAUGAGACCCAGAAACCACAAUUUUCCCAGGGAAGAGUUCAAGAUAUUGCUGCCGGCCGCAUUGAUUCUUCUGGGAGAAAUAUCCCUCUUAUUCCAACAGCCUCUAACCGCUUCAGCACAUCUGAAAGACCAUCCCCAACCAAUAGACAUAUAUCACCCCAAGACACGCGGACAUCUUCUGCGAGACGUAUAUCUCCUCCAAGUAGACUAGACGCAUGUCUCCUUCUAGUAGACGCAUGUCUCCUUCUAGUAGACGCAUGUCACCUUCUAGUAGACUGUCCCGUUGGUAGGCAACCCUCCCCUAGUAGGCGGCCCUCUCCGCCCUGUAGACGCCCUUCGCCGCUCGUCAGAAACAUGUCUCCACCUAGCAGGCGUGUGUCGCCCUUUCGUAGGCGUUUUUCUCCUUCGAGCAGACGUGAAUCACCAUCUAUGAGAGACGUAUCACCAAAUCGAGUUCGUGUUAGCUCUGGACGCAACAUGAUACAGACGGAAAGACCACAGUCACCUUCAGGAGCUCGACCUGUACAGGGAAGAAUGUCCCCUAGGAGAUUUUCUCCCUCAGAAAGGAAUAUUUACCAUGAAAGACGAAUCUCACCAUCAAGCUUUAAAGAACAUUUAAGCAGAGAAGGCCCACGAAGUAGAUCACCCAAAAAGGGAAUCACAUCUGGACAACACAGGUACUCUCCAACACGCAAUUUCCAAAAAGACCUGCGAGCUGCAAAAGAAGUGAGACCCGCUUACGAACCAUCAUCGGCAACAACUGAAGCUAUGUACGCAGAUGGCUUUCGUCCUAUUGACAAAUUGCAAUAUACCCAGGGGCGAGAAGAUAGAAUAGAUCGAUGGUCAAACAGGGAACAGAAAAUACGUAAAGUACAUGAUGAAGAAAGGGGAAGAAUGACGAAAUUUGAACCUGCCCGACCUAUGGAAAUUCCUAGAAUUAUAGAAAAGGAACUAAAAAGGUCUCGUUCAAGAAAUCGGGAGUCCCGGUCUCCAAGACGAGAUCGAUCUCCGCUACGCGAUCGAUACAAAAGGCAUUCACCGUCGCCGAGAUCGCCUAGACGUUCUUGGGCCUUAGAAAAGAGAAGGAGCCCUGAGGAUGCUAAAGUGCCGCCCCCACCCAGCUGGCCAGUGGAGGAAUCGCAGCGUAUGAAAGAUUGCCAUGACAAGAGGCAAUCUUAUUCUAAGAGGAUAGAUGAACCGCGGGGUCCAGUUUGGGAUAUAAAUAAAUAUGAAUCGAAAUUUGAAGAUCAAAGGGAUAAUCGAUCAGGCGAUGACAGAAGAAAUUUUGAACACGCAAAUAUAGCGAGCCGAAAGGAUGCAGCUAAAUGGAAGGCGGUCGGCAAUGACAGUCCCAAGCGAACUCCACCACGUUACAAUCCCGAAAAAAACGAAAGGACUUUGAGAAGAAACGAAGUUGAUGCACGACACGAAGAGAGAAGGCAUGAAGAGAGUAGAAUGCGACUGAACAGGCGAGAAUUUGAAGAAAAUCGACGUGAACCGGACGAUCGGAGAUAUGGUUCUGAAUUUAAGGAUGCAAGCGAACUCGCUCAAUUAAAACAAGAUUUAUCACGCCGUAUUGAGAAGAAGUCAGAAAUACUCAAAAAACAAGAAGAACUUCACAAAGAAAUUGAAGAUGUGUAUAAACGGGCAGUAGAUUUUACAAAAAAGGCGGAGAUGUAUAAAAAAAGUGAUCGAAGUCGCGAAAGAGAUUAUAACAACGAGCGUCACCGCGACGAACAUGAUCCUAAAGACUUCAAUCUACCCACCUUGAGCCGUUUCAAUGAAGAACGCCAUUCUGAUUGGAAAUACCAGCGGGAUAAUAUUCGACCAAAAAGCCGUGAGGGUAAGACGAGUCAUCAUCACGAAGAAAAUAAAAUGGUAGAAUCUAACUAUCCUAUAACCAAAAGUCCCGGCUCAAAGACAAAAAGAGAAAAAGCCUGUGAAGCUGUAUCUGAAAAAAUAUUGACCAAAUUUGGUGACAUGCUUCCGAAAGAUAUAUCAGUCCGAGUUUUCGAUGAAUUAAAAUAUGCUGUGUCCAAGAUUUUUAAGGCCAUGUUUGGAGAUGAAGAUGUUUCAUUUAUUGAAAUGAUUAUAAAAUUUAACUCCAAACACUCGACAAAAGAUGAAGAAAAAAUUUACGAUUCAAUCCUAUCAAGCUUUCCCUCUCAGUACAGAAUAUUGAAGCGCUCAGCGAAAGAUGAACCUUCCGAUAUACCAGCAAAAUUAUCAAAAAAAUCUCCUAUACGCGAGGUGACUAAAGUGGAAGAGCAUCCAGUUACGUACCAAACUCCACAUUGGGAUUAUAGUUUUGCUAGUACUGCAGUGGAACAAAUGCAAGCAAACGCAUUUAUGGCCCCUUAUAUGGUUCCUUUUGCAUCAUUCGUUCCAGCUUAUACUGAACCACCUCAAAAUUCACAAAUGCACUACGAAUCCGAAAAUGAAGGAUUCAACUUGUUCUUAUGUAAAGAUAACUUUCAGCCAAUUAAUUGUAAUGAAGCUGAAAUUAUUAAGGAUUACAUCAUUCAGAAAAUUGUGGAUGUUACACAAUCCAGUCAAGGAUGGGCUCCGGAUUUCACUUUAAAAGGUCUUCAAAGUCCUUUUCGAUAUGAAGUUGUUACUCGCGAUGCUGUUUCCAGAGAUUGGCUCUUGAAUAUAAGUUUCAGCGACCUGACUACUUUUAACGUACUGGUGUACACCAAGGAAGAGUUGUGGUACGAGCGCGCCGCUGUUUGGUUGCCAGGUCAUUCAAAAUGUCGGAGCAUAGAACCUUUGGAGAAGCUUAAAUUGCAAAACAAGUUUCUCGAUAGUAUAAAUAUAGGUAAGUGGAAGCUUGUCAAGAAAAUCGUAACUGCUAACGGUACUCGUAUUUACGUCGAUAUGCCACCGUCGUCCGCUCGAGCUUUGGAAAGCCACAAAAUGAUGCUGAGCUUCGAACUUCAGAAAGUUAACGUUUUUCUCAAAGCUGUCGCCGUAGACAAAAAUGCUUUUGACGCUGGUUUGAGAGAAAGUUCCAUAAAACAAAUACCGAACCUGCAAAAUAGUCCUAUGCCAUCUCUUCCUAGUGAACAAAACGCGGUAAGAUUUUGUGCCAAAGGGGAUAAACCAAUUUCUUUGGCUAUCGCGCGCAAAAUUAAGGACUCUAUUAUAUACCAUUUAUUCAAAUACCAUCAAAUGGGGGGCACCAGUCGCACCGAUUUCAGCAAAUACGGUUUUAUUACGCCGGGCUUUUUCGGUGUGCUUCCUGAAAAUGAUGAAUCUAAACGGUGGCUUUUUUCUUUGCAAAUGGGGAAUAUAAAUAAGCAGCCUAUAAUCGUGUUCGGCGCCGAAGAGCUCCAUACAUUCUAUAUAAAAAUGUUUGUCAUGGUACCCGGGCAGCCGACGACUGCCGCCCAGGUGUUCGACAUAAUACGAAGUAGCAACCAGAGUAUAAAAGGUAUUUAUUUUCAUAAAUGGCGGCGUCAAAAGUUGGAUGUUAACAAGAAUGCUAACCAUGCCAUCUUUGAAGUACACAUGGAUAUAGAGUCUGUUGAAAGGAUCUCGCGCAUGAAAUUUAAGUUAGAUUAUAUCGUGGAUGAAUUUCGUAUGUCCGCUGCAGUUAAAUCCGAAUAUCCCUUCUCCAAGUUAGAAGAGAUAAUACAGAAACACAAGCAAGAAACGACCGAUUCAUAUGACGUAGCUAACAUGGAAUUAUCCUCCGGAUCCGAACAAAGUGAUGGCGAUGUUAUACAACUAUCUAAGUGUCCACGCUCAAACCAAAUAAAGGAUGAAACAUCAAAACCUAACUCUAGGCAUGAAGAGAGAUACAAAUAUGUGUCACACAAAAAGAGAUCCCUUUCUCAGAGAAAAGAAGAUAAGCAGACCCCUUUUACUUUAAAAGGAUCGAGUGGAAAAACUCAAGCUUAUACAGAAAGCGUCGAUUCUGUUAAGGAACAAUCAGAUAAAAGCGUGGCGAACAGUAAAACAGCAGACAAUGCAAUGCAACAAGAGAUAGAAGAUAUGUUCCCACAAGAAGGGUCCGAAGAUAUGAAACAACUGGGUCCAGUCACCACGAGAAUUCUGGAGCACGAGUUACGGCACAUUAUGAUUAAAGUUUGGCAAGAGUUCCCCGAUGAACCACCAACGGAAGAGGAGAAGUUUGUUGUUGAGAAGUUCAGAAAUGAAGCUGGGGAUGAUAUUAGAGAUAUCAUCGGCUUAAACGUUACAAAAAGACUACUUAAGGUUCACAACAAACUGAUUGUUAAGGUAUGUUUUUUAAGUCGACCGGAAAGGGCACAUAUUUUGGCGUUUCUUAAAAAGUACAGAAUCAGUGGAUUCAAACGUAUCACUUCGGAAAAUAAUACUUUUGCUGCACGGUUGAAGCGCAUAGAAGAUUUUGAUAAAUUAUGCUCUGACAAAGAGAUUAUAUGUGGUAAUGCGGAGCUGACAAUCACACCAUGCUACAAAUUCAUAAAACGACCAGCCAACCUUAUAACAAAAUUUUUGGAUAACAGUCAUGAUGAAAAUCCUAAUGAAACAGCAGAUAAAAGGGUAAUAGAAAAAAAGGCACAAACAAAAGUCAAGUCGGCUUCAGAGGAAAUUCAGGAACGGGAUAAAAGUUUACCAACAACAAGUAUCAAGAAAGAUGUAGCUAAUAAAAAAAACGAAUCAGAAAUUGAUUAUAAGCAAAACACUGAAACCACAACACAAAAGAGUAAUAAUGUAAAAUUGGAUGUGCCAACAAAGAAUAUGGAUAGAGUGCAACCACUUCCUAAACUUGUCAAUAAAACCGCUGCGUUUGAUAAAACUUCUAUAGAUAAACCGCAAAGCACUAAGCUGUUAAAAGAUCUCCCCUCUGAGCCGCAGCGUACCAUGGCUAAAGUUCCCGGUAAAUGUAAUAAAAACGUUUCCAUUUCUAAGGAGUAUGAAAGAAUAAAACCAUGUAAGGGAACAGAAAAUCUUGAAAAUACUAAAGUGACUAAAAAAGAUCAAGAAAAACCUAAGAAUUAUGAAAAGUUUAAAAAGCAAACUAUAGAAAAAGUAAAGAAACCUGCUUACAAUAAAGAACUACCUUCAAAAAAAAGUUUUAAACAAAAAAUUCAAACAAAAGAUGUCAUCAAUAAAUAUGAGGAUUACGAGGAAAUGGAUGACGAAGAUAUAUUAGCUCUAUUAUCUGAAGGAGUCCUAUUAGAUCAAUGUGGAUCUGAUGACGAAUAA